GCACCGGCGUCCUGCGGGAGCCCGUGUCCCUGGGGCAGUGCCAGCAUGUCUUCUGCCUGCCGGGGAGAGCAAAGAGGGAGCUCUGCCCUUCAGUGGGGUCCGGCCCGUGGCUCCAGCGUCGGUGCCUGGCUCACCAGAGGGAAGACCGGCUUCCUGAGUGCGGGUUUAGGCUUCAGGAUGGUGGGCAGGUGUCCAGGGAGCCCUCAGACUGAUGGGGGAGGUGUCCACUGGUAGUGGGGCAGGGCAAGGAAACAACUUCCAGUCCUUGCUGCCCUUUCCAGCUCCUUCCUCUUCCUGGAAUGAUCCCUCCCGCUUUCAAGAGGACUUUGUUGCUCUGCCUGAGAGGAUUGGGGGCUGCUUGUCAUUCCUUUGGCCUGCUAUGCAAGUGGCUUUGCUCCUUCAGAUCUGCAACUGUGCCUGUGUGCAUGUGCAUCCAGGCGUGUUGGGAAAGCAUGAGUGCCUCUGCUUACAGCUUGUCAAAUAAUCUGAGUGUUUAAAGAAAACAAGCAACGGAGUUAAAUUAUAAUCCUGCUAAUGAGGCAAGUCUGCAGAGGUGGGAGUCACUUGGCCUGUCUUAGGACAGCUCACUGCAUUCAUUGUUAGUACAGGCAGAGUCUGAGAUGCUCCUCCUCCAGAGCCUCAUGUGGGGAAGGUGGUGUAACCUACGUGUCCUGUAUGUCACUGCUCUUCAUGGCAUGAGAAUGUCAACACAGGGAGUUAAAAGAUCUUGUGUGGGCGACUGCGUUGGCACAAAGUGCCCGGUGUGCCACGUGCCAGCCUGGGUGCAAGAUGCACGUAUAAACCGGCAACUCGAUCACAUCAUCCAGCUUUGCAGCAAACUGCGGCAUCUCCUGGGUGUGGACACCUCAGACUCAACAGAAGGUAUGUCAACACCAACAGAGUCAGACUUUGGAAAAAAGUGUAAGAAGGAACAGAUAAAAAUGUGGUUCAGCCCAAGAAGCAGGAAGAUUAGAUGCACCCUAAACAAGAGCCAGCCUAAGACUAAAAGCAAUGACCUCUGUCAAGACACAUCUUCAGUUUAUGAUUUCUUUCCUUCACCUCCUCAUGAAAAACCCUCUAGGCCGACAAAAAAGCCAACACAGAGACAGAGUAAGAAGAUGAAGAGGAAACGUCUAGCAGACAUUAACAAAGUGUGGAGCUUUGAGAAGCCUGAGCAGAAAGGAGUUGAGGAGAAGACUCCCAAGGAAAAGUGUGUGACCAUCUGCAGUCAACCAUUAGUCUUGUGUACUCCAGAACUAAACAGCCCUGAAGAGACACUUCAGCAGGAGUCUGUAAAGACAGCUGAUGACAGCAAAAAUCUGGAAAGGGUGGAAAUCUUGCCACAGGUAAAAGCAUCAGAGAAGAAGGAUAACAGUGAGGUUGUGUGCCCUGCACAAGUCAGCAAAGAAAAAAAAUGUGCUACAGAGACAUCGCUGUCAAUAGAGAAUGAAACUACACCUUUGAAACGUGGAAGGGAGCAAUCCAGACUUCCAGUUACUUCCCAGUCUAAAAGACCAAGAACAGAGAGGAGCAGUAUGGAGAAGUCAGCCAGACAGGUAGACUGCUCAGAGGAGUUACCUCAGGGUUACCCCAUCUCCCUGAGGACUGACAAGACACCAAUUCAAGUUUCUUCCUCUGGAUCAAAAGUCGCUGACACUGGAAUGAAGACAAGAAGCUCCACAGUCUUUCAAGCAAUAAAUAGUCGGUCACUUUCAAAACGUCCCUCCACCCCCUCAAAGUUGAAGACCUGUAAUCAAGUAGGAAUACCAUAUAGUCCUUCUGUGUUGAAGUCCCCUGGUGGUAACACAAUUGCCAGAAGAAAUUACAAAGGAGAGACUUUGCUCCACAUUGCUUCUAUUAAGGGUGACUUAGCAGCUGUUGAACAGCUGCUGAAAAAUGGGGCAGAUCCCAAUGUCAAAGAUAAUGCUGGCUGGACACCACUGCAUGAGGCAUGCAACCAUGGGCACAAAGAAGUGGUGGAGCUGUUGCUACAAUCCAAGGCACUGGUGAAUACCACAGGCUAUCAGAAUGACUCGCCGCUUCAUGAUGCUGCCAAGAACGGGCACGUGAGCAUUGCUGAGCUGCUGCUUUUGCAUGGUGCCUCCCGUGAUGCAGUUAAUAUAUUUGGUCUGCGGCCUGUGGACUAUGCAGAAAGUGAAAAGAUGAAAUGUGUGCUCAUGUUACCAGUGAAGAAUCAAUCACUUUCACUUAACCAAUCCUCUGAGGUUCUGAGCUCCAGCCAGCCAAGAGAUGGACCUCUUGGUAUACUGGGGAGCAAUCUUAAUUCCAAGCAAGAGAAAUUGCUGGACAGACUAGCAACAGUUCUGAAGGCUCGAAGGUAUACUGAGUUUAACAGCAGAGUAACUCAUCUUGUUGUCCCUGAUGUUCCAAUGCCAAGUACUGUCAAAUGCAUGAUGGCUGUUCUGACUGGAUGUUGGGUCCUCAAGUUUGAAUGGGUACAAGCCUGUCUGCAAACCACAGUACGAGAACCAGAAGAGAAGUAUGAAAUCCAAGGUGGCCCACAAAGAGGUCGGCUCAACAGAGAACAGCUGCUGCCUCACUUGUUUGAUGGAUGCUACUUCUAUUUUUUGGGAUCUUUCAAGUGUCACCAGAAGAGUGAUCUUAUGGAGCUGGUCAAAGCAGCAGGAGGACAAAUUCUGGUUAGAAAGCCCAAACCAGACAGUGAUGUGACACAGACCAUCAACACAGUGGCUUACCAUGCAGCACCUACUUCUGACCAGAGAUUUUGCACUCAGUAUGUAAUCUAUGAUGUGUCUUCUCAAUUCAAGCCGGAGAAAAUUAAUCAGGGCAAAGUCUGGAUGGCCCCUUCCAGCUGGCUUAUAGACUGUGUGAUGUCAUUUCAGCUCCUGCCUGUAAAAUGAAGAUCAGUGUCUCAUAAGCAAGGUUUUAAAAUGGGACUCUUGAGCAGUUGGAACACUCUGGUAAACACUGGUUUGAAGCUAUGAUUUGUUUUUCAGUUAGGAAUACAGGGGAGCUUUGGCCAUGUGAAUGAGUUACUAAGAUCCCUGGUAUGUUGCAAUAAAUGAAUUUACAGUGGAGGAGAGAGACAAACACACUGCAUUGAGAAAUGUGCAUUGGCUUGUUUAGUAGGCUUUAUUUUUGCAUUUAAGUGUAAUCAUCACUGACAUUCUGUAACUAAGAUUUUCCAGAAUGAAACCUUUUCCAUUCUUGAUUUAAACCAGCCCUUCCUGUGUGAUAGAGCACAACCCCAUUUUUUUCUGCUUAAUAUCCACUGACAAGGAAAUAUAUCUGUUUAUCUCAUGAUUCAUUAGUUAAUUUGAGACAUCUGAUAACAGCUUCAGUAGGAAUGUCUGGAGUUUGGUGACAUCAGGUUAACAUCACUAAUAGAUAAUAGAAGAAAAAAUAUGGAAUAAAUAUUGUAUAAUCUUAUUAAAGGGCUGUGGCCUCUGGUCUAAGGGAGAAUAUAUGAAGCCUGGCCAGUUUGUUGGUUUGCUUUGCUUUUUGGUCUCUUUUGUGUGGGGUUUUGGGGUUGCAUUUGGUGUGUGUGUAUUGAAGUGAAAGCUACUUUAGAGUAUGGAAGUUGCUUCCUUGUACUGCUGUCCUGGGUAGGUCUCAGGGAAUGUAGUCAUGGAAUAGCUCAUACUUUUUGGUUGUUUAUACUUCUUAAUUGCUUCAAAGAUAUAAUUGCUUUUUCUUACCUAAAGUAGCAAUCUUUGGACUUUGUUCCUCUGGCUGUCAAAUAAAAUCUCUUCUCUUUUGCUGAA